AUGUUCACCAUCACUCCCUUGCUCGGGGCGCAGAGCACGUCUCGAGCCUCGCAGUCAAUCCUCGAGUUGGAUGGUGGUAUCAAAGUCUUGGUGGACGUGGGAUGGGACGAACGGUUCGACACCCGCCAGCUCGCCGAGAUCGAGAAACAUGCCUCUACUCUAUCAUUCAUCCUCCUCACGCACGCCACGACGUCGCAUGUCGGCGCAUUUGCGCACUGCUGCAAACACAUCCCCGUCUUUACCCAGAUCCCCGUCUACGCCACACCGCCUGUCAUUGCCUUCGGCCGGACUCUCCUCCAAGACCUCUACUCCUCUUCUCCAUUGGCAGCCACGUUCAUACCCGGCUCGAGCUCCCCUGAAGAUGCAACCGGCGUCGACGACAAAACCCGCUCCCAUAUCCUACGGCAGGCCCCGACAUUCGAAGAGAUCAACAAGUAUUUCACUUUGAUCACGCCCCUCAAAUACUCACAACCUCACCAACCGACACCCUCCUCAUUUUCCGCGCCCAUUGAGGGUCUUACAUUGACAGCUUACAACUCUGGUCAUACGCUGGGUGGCACAAUAUGGCACAUACAACAUGGGAUGGAGUCAAUAGUGUACGCCGUGGAUUGGAACCAAGCCCGAGAGAACGUUCUAGCCGGAGCAGCCUGGUUCGGAGGUGUUGGAGGCGCCGAAGUCAUCGAACAACUGCGCAAGCCUACUGCCCUCGUUUGCAGCAGCAUUGGCGCGACGAGAGCCGCGCUGUCGGGUGGUCGGAGAGCCCGUGAUGAAGCUCUGUUGGCGCAUAUCAAGAUCUGUGUCGCUAAGGGUGGUACAGUUCUCAUUCCCACCGACUCAAGCGCAAGGGUUUUGGAAUUGGCCUGGAUCCUUGAAAAGGCCUGGUCCGAUCCUACAAACGCCACCUCUUUAAAACCUGCGAGAGUAUACCUAGCCAGUAGAUCCGGUAACGCCACGCUGCGGCAUGCCAGGAGUCUGCUUGAAUGGAUGGACGACAGCAUUGUGCGGGAAUUUGAGGGCGAGGACGACAACCCGGCGCCGGUGCAAAAGCACAGAAGAAGUGGCAGCAAGCAGAUCAAUGGAAAAGACGAACCUUCACGGCCUUUUGAAUUCCAGAACAUCAAGAUUGUGGAGCGGAGAAGCCAAAUGGACAGGCUCUUGAAGGCCGGAGGGGCUCGAGUCAUCCUGGCAAGUGAUGUAACGAUGGAUUGGGGCUUUUCUCGAUCACUGUUGGAGCAUGUGGUCCAGAGACCCGAGAAUCUGGUGGUUCUGACCGAACGAAUGUACACGCGCCCGGGCUCGCAAAGCCCGAGUCAAGUAUUCUGGAAUUGGUACGAAGAGCGUCAGGAUGGCGUCGCUCUCGAAAAGGGGCUCCCCACGGGUGACUGGCUGGAGCAGGUACAAAGUGGAGGGAAAACGCUCAAGCUACGAAAUUCAACAAAGGCACCAUUGAAUACACAAGAGAAUCAAAGAUAUCAACAAUACAUGGCGACUCAAAGGCAAAUACAAGAUUCUCUCACUUCAGCCGCCGAACGAGACAAGGCUGGCGCAGACGAUAACAUCGAUGAUGAAUCCAGCUCCUCCUCCUCGGACGAGUCAGACGACGAACAACAGGGUCGGGUUCUGAACGUGUCAGCCGCUCUUGGUCACGGAGCACGGAAUAAGCUGGCACUGAGCGAUGCGGAUCUCGGGGUCAACAUCCUCGUCCGCAAGAAAGGUGUUUAUGAUUACGACGUGCGCAAUAAGAAGGGACGAAAUGGGCUCUUCCCAUAUACGCAUUCGCGGCGGCGUGGUGACGAGUUUGGAGAUUUUAUCAAGCCAGAAGAUUUCCUGAGAGAGGAGGAGAAAGAGGACCACGACGCAGCGAAUGACACCAAGGCUGGAGGUCAGCUCGGACAGAAGCGUAAGUGGGACGAGGCGAACAAUCCCAGGCACACACAACACAAGAAACAUCGAGGAGCCCCGGCGCGAGCGACAUCUCGCGAGCCUGCGGCGGACUCGGACACAGAGAAUUCGGAUGACGACGACGACGAAGUCGAGCGAGAGGGCUUCCAGGGCCCGGCCAAGGUGGUAUAUUCGACCUCUGAAAUUACGGUUAAUGCCAAGCUGGCCUUUGUGGAUUUUGCUGGAUUACACGAUCAACGCAGUCUGCAAAUGCUGAUCCCCUUGAUUGGACCGAAGAAGUUGAUCCUUGUCGGUGGAAAUCCUGCUGACACGGUUGCUCUGGCCACUGAUUGCAAGGAGCUUCUCGGGAUGAAAGUGAUUGGAGCAGGAGACGAAUCAGCCACGGAAAUAUUUACUCCCACCGAGGGCCAAACUGUGGAUGCAAGUGUCGACACGAACGCGUGGGUUGUCAAGCUCAGUCGUAAUCUGGCGAAAACGCUCCAUUGGCAGAAUGUGAAGAACAUGGGAGUGGUGACUAUCCAGGGUCAGCUCAGGGGCGAGCCCUCGGGAGACAAUCUGCAGGAGGAUCCGCAGACCAAGAAGCAGAAAUUUGACACGGCGGUAUCUCUUGCAGCUGACUCUACGCCGGCACCUCCGGUCGAGCCCGUUCUCGAUGUACUGCCCGCGAGCCUGGCGGCGUCGACAAGAUCCGUCUCCCAUGCCAUUCACGUCGGCGACCUGCGUCUCGCUGAGCUGCGAAGAUUGAUCACGCUGGAUGGUCAUAUCGCCGAAUUCCGCGGCGAAGGCACGCUGCUAGUCGACGGCAUGAUCGCCGUCCGAAAGCUCGGCACAGGGAAGAUCAUCUUGGAGGGAGUGCCAGUCAGUGCCACGGCCCUGACUCCGCAUAAGAUGGAUGAUUUCACGCGAGUGAAGCAGAAAAUCUAUGACGGACUCGCAGUUGUUGCUGCCAGUUGA